UUAUAAAAAAAAAUCACAGACAUUUCAAUAUCAGUUGUGUUUCCAUGACUGAGUUUACACAGUCUCUCAAGCUGCAUGGCAAAUCUCUUCUGAAACUAAAGGAAAACUUAAAAGUGGUUUGUGGUAACACAUGGAAAUCCUCCACUGAAAGAGAGAGAGAGGAAAGUAAUCCAAUUGGUAUGCUCAAAAUGGGGCUUUAGACCUUAGCAUAGGAUUUGGAUAUAAAAAAUAAUAGAUGAUACAUAGCUACAAGUGCUUGCAAAAUAAUUCAUGCAUGGCUGUAAUAUGUAGCAGUUUUCUUGUCUUUGCAUCUCAGAGUUUUACAAGCAGAUGAUCAUUUUUUGAUUUAUUCUUGUGUUAACAGUCAGAUGCAAAGUAGGGUGGGAGGUCACAUUGUACACGUGGAAGAGUACAGCUGCAUUUCUUGAAAAUGGAGGACUAGAUGACUUCCAUGAAUAAGUAUAAAUGUGGCUUUCAUUACAGGAAGUAACCAGUAACAACAGAAUCAGCAUGAUUAAGCUGAACUGGACAUCAGAAAGGACCUGUUCUUGAAACAAUGGCAGCAAAAUCAUCACUCCUUAAAGUAAUCCUUCUAGGAGACGGAGGAGUUGGGAAAAGUUCUAUUAUGAACAGAUAUGUCACUAACAAGUUUGAUACCCAGCUGUUCCACACAAUAGGUGUAGAGUUCUUAAAUAAAGACCUAGAAGUGGAUGGACACUUUGUCACAAUGCAGAUAUGGGACACUGCAGGUCAAGAACGUUUUAGGAGCUUGAGGACUCCUUUUUACAGAGGUUCUGACUGUUGUCUUCUCACUUUCAGUGUAGAUGACUCUCAAAGCUUCCAAAACCUGGGCAACUGGAAAAAAGAAUUUAUUUACUAUGCAGAUGUGAAAGAGCCUGAUACGUUUCCUUUUGUGAUACUGGGUAACAAAGUAGAUAUAAGUGAGAGGCAAGUGUCUACAGAAGAAGCUGAACUGUGGUGCAGGAACAAUGGCAAUCAUCCUUACUUUGAAACCAGUGCAAAAGAUGCCACCAAUGUUGCAGCAGCUUUUGAGGAAGCUGUUCGAAGAGUUCUUGCCACUGAUGAUAGGUCAGAUCACUUGAUUCAAACUGACACAGUAAACCUUCACAGGAAGCCCAAGCCUAGUUCAUCAUGCUGUUGAUUAGCAAUUUUUUCAUGGCCAUAUAUCAUUCUAACUUAACUUGGAGUAAUAAUAGAUCAAAUAUGAUUCAGUGGGUGCCACUCUAAUAUAUUAAAUUGUAAUAUUCUAUUGCUUUAUGUGUUGGGCAGAGGAGAGCUUCUUUUCAAUAAGUGAUCUGUUGCUAAGUUAGUGGUGUCUGACAUUUGGAAAGGUACCAGUUCAACAGUUCAUUUAAUUUAAAUGUGUCAUUUGAAAAUUAAUAAAUUAUAUACUAAAACUUGAAAGUUCUAGAAGCACUACUUGGGGGAUAUGUUCUGGAAUUCAGAUGCAGAAUAGAAUUUUUAUAUGUACAUAUAUAUUUUUAUGAGAUCACCAGUCCAUGUUUUGCUUCACUAAAACUUUUUUUCAUAAAGCAAUAAUAGUAGGUAUUAGGAUCUUGUCUCAGUUCUCCAUCUUUAAUGUGAUUUUUUAAAAAAGAAAAAUCUAAGCUAACUUGAGAGGCAUAAGGGCUUUUGCUAUUUGUGUAGAGUUACUGCACUGCCUGUAGAUUUUAAAUUAGAAAAUAAAUAUGCAUACAUAGAA